AUGCCUGCUGACCAGGGGUCCCUUUACGGGAAGCCCCGCGCUAAAAAAGACAAUAAUGAGCAAACAGCUUCGAAUAUGGCGUUUUCCUCCCAACUCUCAUCGCUCAUCGCUCAAGGUACAAGCAAUGCACCUUCGCGAGGGCGCCAGCGUCCAUCCAAGAAUCCGAAGUCGGACAUAUUCUCAAAGCAAAACAAAGGAUCCCAGAAACGCGCUGCUGCAGACCUCUUAGAUGACAACCGGGCACUCAAACAGGUUCACAGGGGCACCAAAGAUAUCGGCUCUGUCGACACUGCCACCCUGGGCCGGUCCCGGCGUCGCAUGGAGGAGAAAGCGCGGAUGUACGAUGAUAUGAAGAAAGGCCUAUACCUUGCUGGUGAUAGCGAUGACGACGACAAUGCUCCGAUUGAUCCAUCCGACCCGGAUGCUUAUUUGAAACGACUACGACGCAAGGAGAAGGAGGGAUUGGUAGACUUUGAUUCCAAGUAUGCAAACGCGGAAGAAUUCAAACGCGACGAGUCGGAUGAUGAUGUGGCUUCAGUCAUAUCCUACGAAGAUGAGUUUGGUCGUUCCCGCCGCGGGACUCGCGCGGAGGCUGCUGAAGCUUCCCGUGCCAAGGAUGAAGCAGCUGGCGUCGACUCUGCCCGGGAGCGUUGGCGACCCGAGCGACCCGAUAAUCUGAUCUAUGGAGAGGCCGUUCAAACCGAAGCUUUCAACCCAGAUUCCGACGCAGCCUUACGAAUGUCUCAUCUUGCAGCUCGUCGUGACCGCUCGCCUACUCCGCCUGAAAACAAACACUACAAUGCCGAGGAUGAGGUGCGCAAUCGUGGCACUGGCUUUUAUACAUUUUCCACGGAUGAAGAAGAGCGCAAGCAACAGAUGGAACAGCUCAAGACCAUGCGGGAGCACACUAUUUCCAAGCGGCUCUCCGCGCAGGAAGAAGCUGCGCAGCGGAAGGCCAAGUAUGAAGCGAGGGUUCAAAAAUGCAUCAGGUUCUUUGCUCGGCGUAAGGAGAUGCAGGAGGAGGCUCGACGCGAAAGGGAACUCAACCCCUCUCCUCCACCUGAUCCACAUGACAUGCCUGAUCCGGAGCUUGACUUGCUGCCUCUUGCGUACCGGAAGCCCAGUUAUGUCCCUGAGUGUGUGAGAACGCAUGCCCGAUUGUUCGAGACGAUACCCUGGAACCCAGAGCACAAGAAGCUCAAAGACCCAUCGACCGGGGGAGAGUUAGACUCGAAAGAGCCACGAUAG